AUGCUGCAGUUCCAGCCACAGAUGUACCCCGCCGCCGAGUUCGAGACCAUGAUCUACGUAUCACGUCAGGCGCGCCACAUAUAUUGGCUUCUGCCGUCCCAAAGUGGAACGAAGGUGAACAUCUUUGCAAAGAACGGUAACACACCAGGCAUCAUCAUCUUCACCGCUAUGUAUCUGAUCCAAACUCUAUUUCGACCUUCGAAGCACUUCAUUGACCAUGGAGCUUCAGUGCGGGGAGCUUGCAGCUUGUGGGAUAAUCUUCAGGUCCUGCCACGAAUCAUCGCGGUGGUCGAGAUGCCGGUCAAUAGUGGCCUCCUUCCAAAUCUGAUUGGCAUAUAUGUCAGCCAGUCAGGAGAAGGAAGCUAG